CACACCACAGCCUUGUCUGUCAGAGCGAUCGGGAGAUAAUAUCCUGCUUAAUUACUGCCUUCCGUGUCAGACUUUAUCAGUGGUCGGUGCCAGUUGUGAGCCGCCCCGCGAGUUUCGACGGCUCCUAAGCUAAUUACAACAGUUUGGGGCGAGUUGUUUUAUCGAUUACUUGCCCUUCCGUGCUUCGGUUCAGUGGUGUUCUCUUCAGCGCUGCGAGACUUGAUAAAGAUCUGAGAAUGUGCGACGAAAUGAUGUAUGUCAAUGGUUUUAUUCACGAACUGGGUCAUCGAUGAACUUCUGUCGGCAGACGCGGUUUAUUCGCGCGGAACACUCUAUAAUGGUUGUUUAUUUAUUCAAGCUGUAAUUCCGUCUCCCAGGCAAUGGAAAGUGCAGUGAUUGUGUUUUGAGGGAUAUUAUAAAGCAGUAGUCAUGUAUGGGAUGUUGUAUGUUGGCUCAGUGGCGGGUAACAAGGUGGCAUGGAUAGCGGCAGGCUGGAGGCGGCCCCAACCGGGGCUGAGCACCUGGACACAGUGAGGGCCCUGCACCAGACUGUAGUCUCACUUAGAACUGCACUAGAGAUAUCCAAGAAUGAACUCAAACAGUUGAAGGAGAAGUAUGAGCAGCACUCCCAUUGCCUAGAUUACGCUGAUGUUAUAGAAAAGUUGACUUUAGAAAAUCAUAUUCUGAGGCGUAGAAUUAUAGAUUCAGAUUAUGAAGAAAAGGACCCUAAUGCACAGAAUAUAAAGUUGGAAGUCACUUACAGCCCUCGUUCACACAAUAUUGAAGAAUACACCAGCAGUGAAGUGGUUAUUGCAACUGCUACUGACAGGCACAGCACUAUAGAUGAACUAGACCCAAUCCCACAGGAAUCGGACGAGAACAGUAAUUUUUGUUCUAAUGAAAAAUUGGAUGAAAUACCAGAGGAUUUAGGAGAAUAUUCCGCAUCUCCCGAAUUAAACGAGUCUGUUGAACACAGUCCAGCAGAUGAAGGUAACAACAAUACUGAGAUAGGAGAAAUAUCUCAGAUCUCGAGUUUACCGAAACAGACAGAAGAAUCAGAACCUCACCAGCCAAGUUUUAAAACUAAACUUGAGCUGCUAUCGAAGUUCGAUGUUAGAAUAAAAGUCCGUACUUUAAAAGAAGGGACUAUUAUAUCUAGCACUACAUCGGACAGUGACUCUUCAGAAGACCGUAAAGCAUUUGAAAAAGAAUCAACCAUCUUUAAAAACGGCCAGCAUUUUCAUGAAAAAGAAGAACAAUUGGAUGAUAAUAAGACAGUGAAUAUAAAGUCAUAUUCUACAGACAACGUCAGGAUGGCGGUUCCAAAUGAAGCGGACGUUAAGAGUAAAACGGACAAGUUUGAUGUACAAGUGAGGAUUACGUCUGAAGAGAAUCUAGUUGUGAAGGAAAAUGUAGAGCGGACGAGAAGGAAAGACACACUCAACUUGGAUGUUGAUGAUUUAAGUCUCAGGUCGAUGUCAGAAGGAGACAAUUCAGUUUUCUCUGAAGGAGGCACGACCCCCAUGGAUCCCAAUGCUGCUGCAGUAGGGGAUGAGAAACAAGAGGAUAAUGCAAGUGGCAAUGAGUCUGAAGAGGUGGAUGAUAUAGAACUCAUAUUUACUACAGAUGAGUCUAAGGAUAUGAGUAAUUUGCAGGAGGACCUAGUCUCCAUUCGUGAAGGCGACCAAUGGGCUCCUCAGUCGGCAUCAACAGCCCAGUCCACACCGGUCCUAAUAAAGUUCCACACUCUAGACCCUGACUUCCAACCAGGGCCCGAAGCCAAGGACCCUUCAGAGAACCAGGAAAACACUGACCAGCCUCCAGACCAGCCUCCAAUAGAGAUUUCGAAACAGAAAAGAGUAUCUUUGCCAAAUGAUAAAGAAAUUCGUCACGUUGCUUUCAACGGGAAGGGGAGCUUAGACCUACCAGGUCGAAGUAUCCUGAAGAGUUGUGACAACAGGUCAGAUAAUAUGCUGUACAGGAAAAGCCCUAACACAAGUACCAGGAGAUUAGACAGCAUUGAUAGUCUUACCUGUGAGUACAAUCGAGGCUUAAGUUUUGACAAUACGAAGUCUUCGAGCUUCGAACUCGGUUCAAGCAUGGAUAUCCUACAUAGAGAAGAAAGUGUGGACAGUUUCCACAGGAAUAUACAUCUGGGACAUCGGUAUUCGGUAUUCGCGGAAACGGAUAUUUCGAAAUGUGGCACUUCUGAAGACGAUUUGGCUGCGAAUUUGAAUGUCAGGAGGAAUACGUGUCCCAAUCCGUUUCAAUACAGGCCUUCAAACUACCGCGGCGUAUCCCGUCCACCGGGCCCCUUCAAAGCCGGCUCGGCUCGCGUGCGGCCCGUGCUGCGUGACAGUGCGUACGCUCGGCGCGACAGCGGAGCGCAGACUGACGUGUGCGCAUUGCCGCCCAGAUGGAGCUCUGAUGGAUAUCUUGCGCAUAAGGUAGGUGCAACCAGCUCAGCGGCAACAGUAGCCCCGCGCGGUGCCUCCGGGCCGCGGCGCCUGACGGUGCCGGACGCGCGGCCGCCGCCCCCCGCGCGCCGCACCGACGAGACGCGCCGCGUGCUGCUCAGUGACAUCGGAUUCACAUCGAUGGUGCCGGAGCUGUCUCGCUCGGCGGACCCUGUGUGGGCGCUCAGCAAGCGGCCUUCACACCCUGACGAUUCUACCACCACUUCUACUUCCAAAUUUCUGUCUCGCGGCUCGUCGUAUCGGUCGCCUUGCCUCAGCAUAGACAGGAGCAACGACUGGACACCACAGCAUGUAUAUCUGCCUAGAGAUUCCAGCCGCCCUUGGCGCAGCUCAUUGCCGGAUGUCCGUCGAGACGAUACCGACGAAUUACUGGAGGAAGCCGAAAUAUUUGUCAGGCGAUCCAUUGACAACUUACAGGCGCCUUCUAUUGACUUGGAGAAAUCAAUCGGCGUGACGGGCACCCCGUACAUCCCGGCGGAGCCGCGGCACCUGCGCCUCGGACACACCGUCAAGGUCAUCACGCCGCACGGACGCAUCGCUGUCGGACGCGUCAGAUACGUAGGCGUGGCGGGCGGCAGCGCAGCCACGAGCAGCGUGGUGGUGGGCACGGAGGUGCUGCACACUCAGCAGCCCGGCCUGCCGCGCAACGACGGGCUGCACCGCGGCCGCCGCUACUUCCUCGCGCCGCCGCUAUAUACUGCGCUCUUCGUGCCCUUCUCUAAGGUCGUCAUGGCAUGGACGAAUUAACGGUAAAAAAUAAAAACUAUGUAUGUACUUUAAAGGUCUAAAAAAGGACGGGAGAUGGGGGUCGGUUGAAACAAGGGUCAAUUGAAUCAUCUGUAAAAUAUACUGCACUCUUUGUGCCAUCGUCUAAACUAGCCAUGGCGUGGACGAAUUAACGGUAAAAAAAAUUAAGUAUGUAUUUUAAAAGCCUAAAGAUAAGUGGGGGUCGGUUGAUACAAGGGUCAAUUGAAUCAUCUGUAAAAUACACUACACUUUUUGUAUCAUAAGUCGUCAUGGCUUGGGCGAUUUAUUAUCUAUUUGAAAGGCCUAAAUAAGACGGUGUCGGUUGAAACUAGAGUCAAUUGAAUCAUGUGAAGGAGGGAGUAGAUCGCUGUAUUGAUACUAAAUUGAAUGUUAUGUAGUCUAUUUUUGAAUUGUUGCAACAAUUGACAACAAAUGACCCCAGUUGAAACAUCGUAAUGAUCCGUGUUUGUACUUGUCGAAAAUUAUGACCCCCCCCCCUUAGAAUUUUAACUUACAAGAAGAGAACUAAUGUCAAUUUUUCAGAAGAGCAUACUUGUCGCCCUAUUACGUAUCAGAAUGGCAAUUGCAAUUGGUAUAUUUAGGAGUGCAUACCGUUGAAUAGGGACAAUAAAAGCAGUUGUGUGUCACUUAAUUCGGGCACUAAUUGCUUACAGUGUAACAAGUCGUGUUUUUUCGGCGAACAUUCGCAGUGAUCAAAA